AAUGUUGGAGCAGAAACGGCAAGUAGCAGCGGAGAAUGAAUGAGGCCCCGGGUACAGCAACGAACUUAGAAUGAAACAAAGAAACUAGGUUAUCAAUAACCUUGUAUAUAUACAGAGAUAUAUAGAGAGGGAGAGACAAAAAGAACGAGGUGAAUAUACAACAUGGGUUUGAUUGGGAGUGAGCAACUGGAGAACUUGGUGGAGACGAUCAAGUCGACGGUGCGAUCGCUGCAGAAGAAGGCGAAGAAGAAGAAGAACGCCAAGCCGUACGUGAAGAUGGACAAGAGCGCCAGCGUGAAGGUCGAGAUACGCAGCAGGAAGGCGCGACGAUUGAUUGAUCAGACCCUCAAGGCUGCCGAUCACCCCGGCAAGACCGCGCUCUCCUAAUCAUACCAUUGUCGAUUCUCUCGCUGUUUCAUCCUUCUUUUUUUUUUUUUGUUUUGAGAGAUAGCCGCUUCGUUUAUUUCAUUUAGAAAUAAACUUAGUUGAAAAUGUGAAUCGACUAGGAUUCUCUUGCUGUUUCGUCCAUUUUCAUGUAAUAAAAAUG